AUGGCGUCGCCGGAGCAGGAGGCGGCGGUCGCCGCGGCCGUCGUGGAGGACGUGAUGCGGCAGCAGGGCGGAGGAUGCGGCGGCUCAGGAGGAGGAGGAGAUACGGUUGGGUCCUGGAGGAACCUCGACAUUGCCUGGCGCAAGUCGGAGGAAGCUGCAAUAAGAAGGUAUGAGGCAGCCAACUGGUUGCGAAGGAUAGUUGGGGUAGUGUGUGCGAAGGACCUUGCAGAAGAGCCUUCCGAGGAGGAAUUCCGUGUUGGCCUGAGAAAUGGCAUUAUUCUCUGCAAUGCACUCAAUAAGAUUCAACCUGGUGCGGUACCCAAGGUUGUGGAGGUGCCAUCGGAUUCUACUGUCCCUGCCGAUGGUACAGCUCUGUGUGCAUAUCAGUACUUUGAGAAUGUGAGGAAUUUCCUCAUUGGCCUGCAAGAUUUAGGUCUUCCAACAUUUGAGGCAUCAGACCUGGAAAAGGGUGGACAAGGUGUUCGAGUUGUAGACUGUGUUCUUGCUCUGAAGUUAUUUUGUGAUGCUAAGCAAGUGGGAAAACAAUCUCCAUUCAAAUAUGGUGGCAUUGUAAAGCCUUUGUCUGCAAAGUAUGCCAUUCGCAAGAAUAAUGAACCUUUUAUGAAGGUGAUGAUAAGGAGUCACUCAGCUGAAUUACUUCGAGAUGGCAUAUCACUGGAGCAAAUAGGUCUUGAUUUUUCUCUAGAACCCACUGAAACAACUACUCCAGACUCCAUCCGGAUGCUUGUUCAAACAGUUCUCUCAGAUAAGAAACCAGAAGAAAUUCCUUCAGUUGUAGAAUCACUCUUGAGCAAAGUAAUUAAUGAAUUUGAGCGCCGUAUUGCAAGCCAGAGUGAAUUGGUAUAUUCACUUCUUUUACCAACCUCUCAAUUCUUGCUAGUGGACUCUACACAAGUGGAGUCUACUUCCCCCAGUGAUCUGGAAGAGGCCACUGAAAAUAUUAAGAUGGACGAAGUUGAGAAGAAUGCGUCAAGUCUGACGGAAGAUGUAAGUACAUUAGUACCUGCACCACUAAGCAAUGAUAAUGUCAACAAACAUAUGCCAAAGCCAGUGAGAAAUUUUGAUCGAGAACAGAAACACAUCCAGGAUUUGAAAAGUAACAUGUCCACUGUUAAGUCUUGCAUGGAGCAGUUAAAACUGUUGUACUCUGAAGACCUUAAAAAGCUUGGUGAUCAUUUGCGUAUUGUUUCUCAUGCGGCUUCUGGAUACCGUAAGGUUGUUGAGGAAAACCGCAAGCUUUACAACCAAAUACAAGACCUUAGAGGAAAUAUCAGAGUUUACUGUCGAGUGAGACCUUUCCUUCCUGGAAAAGUAAGUUCCUCGAGCAGUGUUGCUGGAAUAGAAGACAGAACCAUCACACUUAUGGUACCAUCAAAAUAUGGAAAAGAUGCAAAGAAGUCUUUUACUUUCAACAGUGUCUUUGGGCCUCUGGCCACACAAGAGGAGGUCUUUACAGACAUGCAACCUUUGGUCCGUUCUGUUCUUGAUGGCUUCAAUGUUUGUAUAUUUGCAUAUGGUCAAACUGGAUCGGGAAAGACCUUUACAAUGAGUGGUCCCAAAAUUUUGACAGAAGAAGGGCUCGGUGUCAACUACAGAGCACUAAAUGAUCUAUUCAAUAUCCAGGAGCAGAGGAAAGAUACAAUUUGUUACGAAAUUGCUGUACAGAUGAUGGAGGUCUACAACGAGCAAAAAGGAAUUGCAGUUCCAGAUGCAAAUGUGGUUCCAGUCACAUCGACCUCUGAUGUAAUUGACUUGAUGAAUCUUGGCCAAAAGAAUCGUGCAGUUUGCUCAACUGCCAUGAAUGACCGAAGUAGUCGCUCCCAUAGCUGUCUGACUGUUCAUGUUCAAGGACGAGAUUUAACAUCUGGAACAGUCCUAAGAGGUUGCAUGCAUCUUGUGGAUCUAGCUGGCAGUGAAAGAGUUGAUAAAUCUGAAGUGGUAGGAGAUAGAUUAAAGGAGGCAGCGCACAUAAACAAGUCACUGGCUGCACUAGGUGAUGUGAUUGCAGCCCUAGCCCAGAAAAGCACACAUGUUCCUUACAGAAAUAGCAAACUUACUCAACUAUUACAAGACUCUCUUGGAGGACAAGCGAAAACAUUGAUGUUUAUUCACAUAGCUCCAGAACCAGAUGCUGUUAGUGAGUCCAUAAGUACUUUGAAGUUUGCCGAGCGUGUUGCCACUAUUGAGCUUGGAGCAGCCAAGUCAAACAAGGAAGGAGGAGAAGUCAGAGAGCUCAAAGAACAGAUUGCUUGCCUCAGGGCAGCAUUAGCUAGGAAAGAUGGAGAUCAUGAGAGCAUACGAAGCACUCAAUCAAGCCCAGACAUAUAUAGAAUGAGAACGGGUAAUGCAUCACCUGCAUCGAGGCACCCAAUAGAAGAUGGAAGUAUAGAGAACGACUCAGCAUUGGGAGAUUUGGCUGAGCACUCACAGUUCGGGAGCAGCAAUUCCCUGCCAGAGUUGGGACCUGAUGGCACACAAGAUCUAGCCUUCUACCAAAGAAGCAGCCCUGAACAGCAAUGGAGCUGGUCUGGGUCUGUUGCAACAGAGGAUUCCGAUGAUUUCGAGGUUGCAACUAAUUGCUCGUCAGAGCUAGAUUGUGUGAGACCAUCUAGUGCCCCAAAAGCUUCAGGUUUAACAAAUGGAGGGGGCUCAGCUGCAAGAAAGACCCAACUCAAAGGUGCAAAAAGUUCAGACCUUAGAGUGAAUCCUGCAAAAAGGUCAUCGCCAUUACAGAAAAAGCUGAGUGCACCCUCACCAACGCUAAUCAAGAAGAGCGGUGCUGAAGGAAAGAAAACUCCAAAUGGUAAAACAGGAACCAAGAAGUAA